AUGUCAUCAUCAUGCAUUCCUGUUCUUGAUGUAGGUCAUCAGACAAAGAAGAGAAAGCAGGAAACAUUCAAAGAAAUCGACGCCGAAUUAUGUAAAAAGCUCCCAGAGGAUUUAGCGAUCGAAAAUAUUGCAACGAGAUUACCAGCUCGGACACUAGCUCGAUACAGUUGCGUGAGUAAGUUGUGGUACAAUUCUAUUUUCAAUGAUGCGCGUUUUGCCGCACAUCACUUUGCUCUUCAAAGCCAUAAGAAACUUGUUUUUAAUCUCCUUAAUGUAUCCAGCGGAAGUCAUUUUCAAAAGGCUUACCUUUUCAAUUUGCAACGGAAUGACAGUGAUAAAAAUAUUGAUGAUUAUGAUGGUGAUGAUGAUCAUGUUUCUAGUAACUAUAUCGUUAACCCGGCUAGAGGUGAAACACUUGCUCUCAUGUAUUGUGAUCCUACUAUUAGUACUGGAGGUGAACAUUUGUGUCAUGGUUUUGGUUUUGAGUCAUCGUCACAAGAAUACAAGGUUGUAAUCAUCUUUACUACUCGUACUACGAAUCAGGAAAAGGAAGACGAGCAGUUGUUUGUCUGCAUGGUUAUUACAUCGGGAACUAAUUCAUGGAGAAAGAUAGUUACUAAGACUUCUGAAAUGUCACUACCAUUUUCAUCUCCUCAUAGGCGAAUAAUGGUAACGAGAGCUUGGAGAAAUUACCGUAGAUCGGCCACCCUUUGCGGGGGUGAUCUUUUCUGGAGGAUAGCUAAUUAUAAACAAGGAGGUGAGGGAAUAUUGCUCUGA